AUGGCACAACAGAACUCAAAACAGCAGCAGCCACGCCAGACGUCUCCGACAUCUGGGCCUCGAAACCCGGUGUCUGGUGGUGCUAACGCUGGCAAUGCAAAUACAAAUGCAAGUACGAAUGCCAAUAGAGGUAAUGGAGCCGGUGCAGGUACUGGUGCACAAGCUAGUGGUGGAAACGGGGGAGCCAAACCCAGUGGACCGUUUUCCGCAUCCGAUUUGAACAGGAUUGUGCUUGAAUAUUUAAACAAGAAAGGGUAUCACCGUACGGAGGCUAUGCUACGAGCAGAGAGUGGAAGAACGUUAACUCCCCAGAACAAUCAGUCACCUGCAAAUACAAAGACUGGUACUCUUCCUGAACCGAAAACAACACCGCCAAAUGCAGAAAGUACAGCUAGACCAAUUAGCAAUCCAGUAAAUGUACCUUCAAAGAGAGACUCAAAUGACACAAGUAUAGUUUCAGAUGAUAAACUAAAAGAGGUUACAGCACCGGAAAAUUAUAUCAGAGCAUACUCUAUGCUAAAAAACUGGAUAGAUUCUUCAUUAGAGAUUUACAAACAGGAAUUGCUUUACAUUGUUUACCCAAUUUUUAUUUAUAUCUUCCUAACGUUGGUUCCAAAGAGUCCUAUUUUUGCAAGAAGAUUCUUUGAUAGAUUUUCACCAGAUUUCAAAGUAAAUCAUAGCAGCGAAAUCAACAGGUUGUUUAGCGUCAAUUCAAUUGAUCACAUUAAGGAAAAUGAAGUGGCGAGCGCUUUCCAGGAGAAUAGAUAUCGUAUCACAAUUUCUAGAACACCUUUGAAUCUCUUAUUAUAUUUUUUAAAUGAAAAUGAAAGUGUUGGUGGAUCUUUAGUCAUCAGUAUCGUCAAUCAACACAUCGACCCCAUAGUUGUUGAAACAGUUACAGCUAAAGAUAAACUUUCUGACGGUAUAAAAUUGAUUGAUUCAGAGAAUGGAAAAUCAAACGUAGAUGCUGAAAUAAAUUCUAUACCUGUUAAACUGGGACCUUUCCCAAAAGACGAGGAGUUUUCAAAAGAAGUUGAGACCGAACUAAGAAUCAAAGAUGAGCAGGAAAGAAAACAAGUGCCACAACUCGAUGGAACUUCCAGUUCCAAUCAAAGUAAAAAAACAUUGUUAGAAGAAUAUAGAUCAAUGCACAAUGAGCCAUACGAUGAAAAGACAGAUAUGAAUAGUUCUGCAGCUGUAGCGGCAGCCAGCGACGCGAUUACUGCAAGCUCACCCACGCCGCCAAAAGACAUGAAGGAACAAUUAAGGCCGGAAGAAGAAAAUAAAAAUAACACGAAUAGCGAUGGGUCAAAAGCUGCAAAUGUUGAAGACGGAGGUAAAAACGUUGCCACUAAUCUGGAUGUUAAAACUAAUGAAAAGGAAAAUGAAUCCAAAACGAAAACAACUGAUGAUUCGAAUGAUAAGAAGGAAUCAUCGGUAGUGGCGCCGGUCAAGAUUGAAGAGAAAAAACAACAAAGUAAGGCAAGUAACGCAGCAUUCAUUCCUCCGGACGCAGUGAUGGAAUCUCCAUCAGCUGAUACAAUACCACUGCCUUUAAAGACUACUUUAGACAUAAAACUGGAAAUCCAGAAGGUGAAAGAGUCAAGGGAUGCAAUUAAAUUGGAUAAUUUACAGUUGGCAUUGCCCAGUGUUUGCAUGUAUACAUUUCAUAAUACAAACCGAGAUAUGACAAGUUUGGAAUUCAGUGAUGACUGUAGAUUAGCUGCUGCAGGAUUUCAAGAUAGUCAGAUAAAAAUAUAUUCCCUAGAUGGUAGUUCACUAAGCAAUAAAUACACAGGCAAAGAAAUACCGAGUGACGCGCUGACAGCCAGUUUGACCGGUCAUAGUGGCACUGUAUAUUCUACUAGUUUUAGUCCAGACAACAGGUACUUGGUAUCGGGGUCGGAAGACAAAACGGUAAGGUUGUGGUCCAUGGAUACCUAUACUCCCUUGGUCAGUUAUAAAGGUCACAAUCACCCUGUUUGGGAUGUGGAAUACUCUCCUUUGGGUCAUUAUUUCGCAACCGCAUCGCAUGAUCAUACAGCGAGAUUGUGGUCUUGUGAUCACAUUUACCCGUUAAGAAUAUUUGCAGGUCAUUUAAAUGACGUUGAUUGUGUUUCUUUCCAUCCCAACGGUUGCUAUCUUUUUACUGGUUCUAGUGAUAAGACUUGUAGGAUGUGGGAUGUCGCUACCGGUGACUCUGUGAGGCUGUUCCUUGGCUUAACAGCUCCGGUAAUCUCAACAAAAGUCUCACCUGAUGGAAGAUGGUUAUCUACAGGUAGCGAGGAUGGUGUCAUAAACGUGUGGGACAUCGGAACGGGGAAGAGAUUGAAACAAAUGCGUGGCCAUGGUAAGAAUGCAAUAUACUCUUUAUCAUACAGUAAAGAGGGAAAUGUUCUCGUUAGUGGAGGUGCAGAUCAUUCUGUCCGUGUCUGGGAUUUAAAGAAGGCUACUGCAGAAUCGGGAGCAGAACCGGAAGAUCCUUUUGUUGGCUAUCUAGGCGAUGUCACAGCCUCAAUAAACCAAGAUAUAAAAGAAUAUGGCCGCCGUCGGACAGUUAUACCUACAAAUGAUCUAGUUGCAUCAUUUUUUACAAAAAAGACACCUGUUUUCAAAGUGAAAUUCACCAGAAGUAAUUUAGCCCUGGCUGGGGGUGCCUUCAGGGAUUGA